AUGCCAGUCUUUUCAUCGUCUGCCAGUCUUGCAGCAAGCAUUAUGGGAAGCAAUCCCAAUCUGCUCGCAACUGUGAAGCUGCCCUCACCCAUUGAACCUCAACCAAGUGGUAUCGAUCUUGAAAGCGGCCGUAAAUCAUACGAAAAACCCGCCUCGCCCAUUGCUGCCAUUCCGGGAAGUAUCGAAGUCUUGUCACCCAUUGUCCAAGACGAAGAUGAUGUCUUGGAUGACUUCCUCGGAUCCGACACGCUCCUGACCUUCCUUCGUCGCAAGAGUACCGACACCAACUCACAAAACCAAGUAUCAGAAGAAUCUAUUGAAUUGGCUGUUGCUAUUCGCAGUGCUGAACAAGCUGCCAAGUCUGAACCCGACCCUGAACGUAAACGAUCACUGAUUUUGCAACAAUUACGUCAAAUCGGUGAAGAAUUCUUGACCACGAACCCUACGGAUGUUAACGGUGGAAUGGAUUUGAACUUGUCUCAAAAGUCUUAUGAUGAUUUGCGAGGAACUCUUAAGAUGGCUGAAAAUGGCGAAGGUGAUGUUAAUUCUUGGUUGGCCAAGCUGGAAGGAACCAAGAAAGAAAUCCAUAAGGCUUUGUUACCCGUUAUUAGAGGUUUCACACCUUCCUUCGAAGUUGGUUCUAUGACGGACUUGACCUUGACCAAGCAACCAUCUGGACCACGACACGUAGUCGUUAUUGGAGGUGGUUUCUGUGGUACUCAUGCUGCCAUGAUUCUCGAUCGCAUUGGUCACUUCCAUGUUACCCUCAUUGACUCCAAAGAAUACUUCGAAUUCACCCCUGCAAUGGUCGCCGCAAUGUGUAAACCAGAAAUUGACAUCCGUGUCGCUCACACCAAAUACAUCAAGAAUGGUCGUUUCGAACUCGGAUAUGUGAAAUCCAUCUUGCCCAACGCUGUCAAGCUUGCUGACAAAACCAUCCCUUUCCACUAUUGUAUCGUUGCUACUGGAUCCACGUACUCUGUUGGGUUCAUCAAGGGCAAGAACUUGUCUACUAUUUACCGUACCAAGAAACUCAAGAGUGAAUAUGCUGCUCUUGAAAAAGCAAAACGUAUCGUCAUCGUCGGUGGUGGUCCAGUUGGUGUCGAAAUCGCUGGUGAAAUAGCUGAAAAGUUUCCACCUACCGAAAUCCGCAAGAUUGUCCUCAUUGACGGUAACACCAAGCUCCUUAAACGAUGCCCAAAACGUGCUCAACAAUUGGCACUAAAGACAUUGAAAAAGAUGGGUGUCGAAGUUAUCUUGAACCAACGUAUCGUUGAUUACUCUGAAGUCCGUGGUAACGGUGCUGAAUCGGCUACCAAGAUCAUCAAGAGUUCAGUUGGUGCCACUUGGACUUGUGAUCGUGUGUUUUUGGCUACUGGACCCAAACCUAAUUCUAGUAGUAUGAAGGAAGCUUUUGAGGAUCGUCUUGAUGCUUCUGGUUUCAUUAAGGUCAAUGAAUACUUGCAAGUCGUAAACUCUGACAACAUUUUCUGUGGUGGUGAUGUUGCCAAUAUUCCUGAAGAAAAGUUGGCCUAUGCUGGUACUGCUGAGGGUGUUGGUAUUGCUCGAAACAUUUGGAGGCUUGAUGCUGGUAAACGUCUCAUUAAACAAGGCCAAGAAGGCUUCAUCCCAGCACAGACGAAACCUAUGGGACAAGUGAUUUCAAUUGGUACCAAGACUGGCAUAUUUAAUGUAGCCACAGCCGCCACAGAUGCAUCCUGGCUUGCCAAUAGCUUAUUGAACCAGCGAGAUAUCUCGUCUAUACUCCCAAUAGAUCGAGCACUGUGGUAUGGUGUCAGUCUUAAUGGGAGUCUCUUCACAUCACAUGUGGUUUCGACAGCGAAGCUGAAUGUCAUCACAUCACCUCUGUCUGUCAAGUAUCAGCGGCUCAUACUGGACUUGUAUUGGGAUGCACAACAGAAGACCUUUCAGAUGUGCCCUCAGCCGUAUUCAUCUGCUAUUCCAUCACCGACAGUAACGACAUACACCCUGACAGCUACAGCCACCGUUACAACACGUAGUCCAUCACCAUCACCCUCAGGAGCCGAUGUGAACAUUAACGGAUACAUAUGCUCACAGAGUAUUAGAACAUUUCCACAACUACUACCCCAGUUCUCAACCUGGCUGAAUGGAACGUCGACACAGUUACUGGCAAACGUAGUGUUCCUGAUACUUAAUCUAAACGAUCUCGCAGUGACGCCCAAUUCCAAUGCAGCAGCAAGCACAACUACACUAUCAUCGUCGCUGCUAAGCAUUAUUGGCAACGCAUCCAUGUACACGCCCGCAGAUCUAGCCAGUGAUCGAGCAGAUAUCAACAACAGCUGGGGAUUUAUCAGCCCGUACUAUGUAACAACGUUCGACGCAACCACCAACAAGACCUCAACAACGAACGGGUGGCCUGUAGGUCAAUAUCUAACUCUUGUAGGCAAACGACUGCUAGUCGGAUUCGGAUCCAACACCAUCUCAGCAACCAGAUACGACACAUCCAUAGACGCCAACACAAUAUUCUCAUCCGCAAGUCUCGGCUCAACAUCCUUCCUAUCCACAGACGCUGUAGGCUCGCUCGCCAACUGCUCGAGACCUACAACAGGUAUAUCGAUGAUUGGCACAGGAGGGUUUGAUUCGCCUUAUUACCCCGUCGCGCAAGGAACAAGUGCGUUAUCGUACUCGUUUGCGAGUGUCACGGAUACAGUCACGACGCCAUUCACAUCCACGAAUCUGGUCAAUGUAGCACAAUGUGGGUUUACGCCGAUAUUUACGCAGAAUUAUUCAAUGGAUGCAUUAGCGAGUACUAUAUGGACGUGGGAAGUCGCUGAGCCGAGUAAUCAGGGUCGGUGUGCUGUUAUGAAUAAAGAUUCCGGGAGAUGGGCGGCUGCUGAUUGUGAUGUGCGGUAUCCUGUUGCGUGUCGGUCGAUAACGAAUCCAUAUAACUGGACAAUACCAGACGGAAUAGAAUACUACUGGAACGGUGACUCGUUGUGUCCCGCAACAUACCGAUUCGCUAUACCCAGAUCACCAAUAGAAGCGACACACUUACACAACGUGCUCCUCAACACUCCAAACAUUGAUAGAUUGUGGAUAGAUUAUAACUCGGUAUCAUUAAAAGGCUGUUGGGUCGUAGGAGGCAACACGGUAUGCCCAUACUAUGACGCGACGCUCAUCAUCCCUGAAAUCAUUGCCGCCAGCUUGAGAGAGGGCUUGCUGGUCGUGAUUGUUGGAUUUCUCUUUCUGUUGUGGCAGAUAAAUAGACAGUUGCAGUGGAGACGGUUGAGGAUUAGACGUGUUACUGUGAGGAAGAGGAUUGAAGCCAUGGAAAAGGAAUUCACAGCUGUAGCCUCAUGA